AGUUCGCUCGCUCCCCACUCCACUCACACCCACACUCACCGAGCAGCGGUGGUGGUGUAGUUCGCUCCCCACUCACUCACAAUCACACUCACACUCACACACUCUCCACCGCAACACGGCCACGGCUCACAGCUUUCCUCUCCUCUUCGGCCCUUUUCGCCUCCAAUUUCCCUACAUAUAAAUCAAGCCGAAAAUACCUUAACCCUCCCUCACUCUUCCCGUUCCCGAUCUAGCCAGCUCUUCCGCGGCUGCCGUGUCUCGCUCCCCCAAAAGCCCCGGCCAGAUCUGCCAAACAUGGCGGCUCGGUCGCCGCCGAGGCCGGUGCUGCUGCUCCUGCUCCUCGCCCUCCUCUGCUGCCACAUUGCGCUCUGCUCCUCCGCCGCGCCGGCCGCCAAGCCCAAGCCCAAGCUCUCCGCCGGUCGCAAGGAGCUCGUGUCCACCGAUGACGACGAGCCGGUCCCGCCGCCCAAGACCGCAGCGGCGGCCAGCGUCAAGAAGAAGGUCUCCUCCUCUGGCGCCAAGAAUCAGACCAAGGUCUUGAAAGGCAAGAAAUCGGAGGAGUCCACCACGGCGACGACCAAGGUCACCACCAAGAAGGCGACCACUAAAGCGGAGUCCACCACGACCAAGAAGGCGACCACUAAAGCGGAGUCCACCACGACCAAGAAGCCGACCAGUAAAGCGGGCGGCGAUGCGGCCAAGCCCAAGGUCCCGAAGCUGGACAAGGCGGCGGCCACCGCCAAGCCCAAGAGCGCCGAUUCUGCCAAGUCCACCAAGGCGGGCGCUGCCAAGCCGGUGAAAUCUGAGGGCGGAGCUCCCAAGGCCAAGAAGCCGUCCAAUUCGACGGCGAGUUCGACCAAGUCGAGCAAGAAAGCGCAGGUUGCCGCCGACGGAAAGGUGGAUUCGACUAAGAAAGCGAAGGUCGUUGCCGCCGACGGGAAGGUGAAGGCGAAUUCGACCGUGGCCAGCAAGGAGGUGACCGGGGUGGAGGAGGACGUGGUGUUCGCGGAGGAGGCGGAGGGGACGGAGGACCUCAUGUCGGAGUUCCGGGGCCUCCCGGCGCGGCUGCAUCAGACGCUCAUGCCGGACCUGGCUCGGCUGUCGUACACGUCCAAGGCGUACCUUUCGGCCGCCAAUGCCGGGAUCGCUGGCGGUGUGCGGCCGGUCCUGGGUGGCCGGUGGGGGGCGGCGGCGGCCUCCGCGGCGUCGGUGGCCCUGCUGCUGCUUCCCCUGUGCAUGCUCACCGCGCUGGUGCGGCGCAUGGGCCCGUACCUGCCGCUCCUCCACCGUGCCCUGCUGCUCUCGCAGGCGUACCUCGCCAUCUACUUCGGCACGCUCGCGCUCGCGGCCGCCGCGACCGGGCUGGAGCCGCUCCGCUUCUUCCACGCCGCUUCGCCCGCGGCCUACGCCUGGACGCAGGCCGCGCAGUCGCUCGGCUUCAUGGGCUACCUCGUGCUCCAGAUGGUGGACCUCGUCGCCAUCUUCUCCGGGGCCGCCUCGCCGGAGGAGGAGGAGGGCGGAGCGGACGCCACCAAGGCGCUCGGCCUGGCGCAGAUGGUGGUGGGGCUGGCGGUCGGCCUCCACUACUACGCCGCGGUGUUCCACCGCGCCGCCGCCGGCGAGGCCCCGCGCGCGAACUGGCGCGUGUACGCAGUGUAUGCCGCGUGCUUCGUCAUCAUCUGCGCGUGCGCGCGAGCGGAGAAGAGGAAGAAGGCCUACCUCGCCGGCGCCGAGGAGUGGAAGAAGAGCUGAGGGAUUGAUGUUUUUUAGGGGCUUAUGUGCAAACAUUAAAAUAUAGUGAAAGCCAAAGGGCUUGGGUAUAAGAUGGGAUUAGGGGGGAAAUUGGAAGAUCAAGGAGAAGACGAGGAAAAGCAAAACUAUUCUUGUUCGUUUUUCCCUUUCUCAUUUUGAAUUGGUUUGAGUACAGAUGGGGUGUAAUGUCACUGUGGACCAAAUUAGUCAAACUAUUUAGAGUGAUGAUUAUUGA